AUGACAGAGGAACAGCGAGAUGUCUAUCUUUACAGGCGGCCCAUUACUAGCCUUGCCAAAGUCCCCGUGCUCAACAAAUGGGCCUAUGCCUCUAUCAACCACUGGGCAGUCUGCGUUGGCGAAACAUGCUACGAGGUUGCCCGCAUCCACGACCACCAUCCAACAGGGAAAUCUCACGACAUACGCGUCCUUACCAAGGCAGAAUGGAUUCAGUAUGCCCAACAACAAAAGCUUGCCUACCAAUAUGCGAAUUACGGGAAAUGCAAUGCCAAAUGGAAGGAUGACGACAUCAAGGAAUGCGCGGACGACAUAUGGGAACGAAUCUUCGACGGAACCUAUGAAAACUUCGAAUCGAACUGCCAAGAAUUCGCCCAUUUGCUUAUGCGGUGCAUUGUCGACGAUCUGCGUGAAGACACAAUCCCAAGACGGUGGCAGGAAUACAAUCCGGAUGGUCUCGUACCGGCAACACUGAUGGGGGGAGGGCCUGGUAUCACAAUAGGCGCAAUGGGCGCGGCCAAUGGGACGGCAGUGGCUGCGACAACAGGUGCAAGUGUAAUAACCAUGACGGAUCUCGUUGCCACGUUGGGCAUCCUGACGGGAAUCUCGGGAGUGGUUGCCUUUUGGUCAUAUAUAUACAAGAAGCACAAACGAUACAAAAAGAGCACGGCGGUGGUGAGGGAGUGGCACUCUGCAACGAAGACCACAACCAGGAAAGGAUGGCGUCGGGUCUUUUCCAGGAGCUCGUGGCGUCGCAUGUGGGAUGAACUCUGA